AUGCUACAAGUUAUUAUGCUCAUCGCACUUCUGUGCGCGGGUGCCAUCGGGUAUAUGCUUUUGUGGCUUGUCAUGGCUGCCUGCACUAGGGAGGAUUUGAUUCUCCUCAAUACGGAUGGACCAAAAUCGUUUUUGGGGCAGCCUCUUCUCUUCCCGGCGAAGCUCGCCCACGCUCGUCGGUUUCCAGACAUUGAACGAUAUAACUACUGGUACGACUACUUCGUGGUCGGCAUUCCAGUUGGCCUUCGUGGUCGGAUUGGGAAUCUUCUCUCCAUUGAUAACCUCCCUGCACACGAGAGCCACCGGGAGAAGUGCUGGUUCACCAUCGACCCGGCAUAUUACUUAGACCGCGGAAGUGGUGAUCUAUGUCUACGGGAGAAGCUGGAUAUCUUCCUUGAGUCGCUAGACGAGGAUCCUCGAAGCUUUCCAUAUGCAUACCUGAUUAGCACCCCACGAUUCUUGUGGUGGCAAAAGAGCGCCAUUAGCUACUGGUAUCUCUACUCGUCGUCGCGAGAGCUAACAGCUAUGAUUAUGGAGAUCAAUAACUCCUUCUUCGAGAAAAGGAACGUGUUUUUCCGGAUCAGUGGUGACAUAGGACUGGGAAUGAAUACACCCCCGCCCACAGAGACGGUGUGCCUGGCCACUAUGAAAGAGAUGUCCGAGAGGCAAGCGGUGCGCUUUGUCUCGUCAGCCCCUACAUCGAAGAUCUAUAAAGGGACGUGGACAAAACGCAUUUUCGCAUCCCCGUUUGAGAAAAUGGAAGGCGUUUUUACCAAUACUUUUGUGGACCCGCUGCCCUCGGAGCCAAAUCCUAGAGGUACGCUUCAGUCCACUCUCACUUCAGUGAGCGCAGAGGGCCGAGUAAAGGUUAAUAGUCGACUGUCAUCCUGGUCAAAACCGGUAAACCCAAUCUCGGCAUCCUGGAGGGACGUCACUCACAUCAUCCUACGCUGGACGCAUGUCGGCGCCAUCUCAUCUCCUCGCAUCAUCAAAGAAGCGCUGCGUAUCCGCUUCAGAGGAAUGAUGGAAUAUCACAAGAGACCUGAAGUUAGACCGGGAAGUAUUCCACGUAACCAGACGGUGGUUGAACGAGCGCUGGAGCGAGUAUUCCGCGAGUAUUUAUCUCACAUAACUUCGCGUUGCCAAUAUCCCGUAACUGUGGUUUACGCUCCGCCCCGAUCGUUGCAUUUCAAUCGCCUCACGUUCCAAUCCCCAGUUCCCCCGACGUCCUCCCCCAGAACCGAGGUCACCGUUCAGCCUCUGACCCCUCGGUUCUACACCCGCAUUGCGCAAUAUCGCGAUGUUCGAGAAGCAUUCCCCGCGAUGGCAAAAUCCCAUCCUACUAGCGCAGAUCACUUGUCUUGCUUCUUAUGGGUCUCAGACAUGUCAGCCCUGGAUCAUUUACUGACAGCCACUGCGCCCGCCAUCCCCGAGUUGAAGAGUGCUUUUACUAGAGAUGAUCCACAACGGCCGUUGAGGCUCACCAUUUCCAAGGGCGUCAUCGCAUGGCUACGGGGAAGCAAUAAUGAGACGUUCAUGGAUAGCUUCUGCUACUGGUCUCAGUCCCAGCAAAUGCAAAGAGAGUAUCAAAAAGCGGUAAUACAUCACCUACUGGCUAAUAAGCUCCCGGUCGAGUCUCAGGCUGCUGUGAUGCUCUGUUAUAUUUCUCUUACCACGGUGGUCGUCUACCUCCUGUUGCAUCUGCUGGCUGCUUUUGUGCAGAGCUGGCGAUUAGGCUCUGUCCUUACUAAUAGUAGAUAUUUAGUCACACCAUCGGUUGGAGCGCUCGUGUAUGGGGGCUGGGCUAUGUUGACCAAAUAUGUAGGCAAGUACUACCUGAAUCCUUUUGCGUGGGGUGACGGACUCUAA